AAUACAAUCUCAUCCUUCACAUUUUCUUACAUACAUUAAUUACCUUAAUUUAUCUUCUUCAUAUAAUUCAUCAUUUUCAUAUACAAAGAGAUAAAGAGAAAAAAAUGGGUGUUCUUGGAAUUGUUGCAAAGCGAUUGGAUGCCCUUGUUGGACCCGGAAUCAUGCUUGUUUUUCCAUUAUACGCAUCACUACGAGCCAUUGAGAGCCCCUCGACAUUAGAUGAUCAACAAUGGCUAACAUAUUGGAUUAUAUAUUCAUUCGUAACCCUAUUUGAGCUUUCUUGCUACAAAAUCCUCAUUUGGCUACCAUUUUGGCCGUAUAUGAAGAUGGUGUUCUGUAUGUGGUUGGUGUUGCCAAUUUUCAAUGGGGCUGCUUAUAUAUACGAGAAUUUUGUUCGAAAAUACGUGAAAAUUGGCGGAAGAGUGAGCGGAAAUUAUUCGGAUGAUCAGAGGAUAGUUUUGCAAAUGAUGAGCCUUGAUGCCAGAAAAUCUGUGGUUCAAUAUGUUGAAAAAUAUGGAUGGGAUGCCUUUGAGAGAGCUAUAAGAGCUGCUGAAAAAGAAGCGAAGAAGCACUAAAAAGAUUUGUAUCAGCAUACUAUGAAAUCUGUGUUUUUAAUUAAGUUGUUGUAUCAAUUUAGAAGAAUUGUCAUGAGUUGUAACAAACUCUCAUGUAACCUGUACAUAGAAGCCAUAAUUUAAGUCCUUAAAGAAUUUUCAAUUUCAA